AUGACCAAUUUAUUUGUCACUGGCGGGAGGUUAUCAGGUGUUGUUGAUUGGGAAAAUGCUGGCUUCAAGCCCGAGUAUUGGGAGUACAUCCAGGCGAUGUGGGCUUAUGGAGCGGACAAGCAUGCAAAAUGUCUAUGUGGCUCUGCAUUCGGUGAUAAGUACAACGAAGAGAACGAAGCGGAACGAUAA